AUGAGAACCCUUUUGAAUUCCCUUGUCACUAACGUGGAAAUCAAACACCCUGUUGCGGGUCUUGUUUCUUUAGUUGAUGAAUGUGAAUGGGAAAGUAAAAGUGAAAUUGAGUCCAAUUUUGUUGAGAAACUGUGUGACAUGUUGUUCAGGGUGUGUGCUGAUAACAAGAUGUUUAGAGAGGCUAUUGGGGUGUUUGAAUAUGUAAUGGCAAAGGGUUUGGUGAUAGAUGGUAGGUCUUGCUUUAUGCUUUUGCUUGCCUUGAAGAGAUGUAAUGAUGUGGAGUUCUGUGUGAGGUUCUUUCGUCAGAUGGUGGAGUCUGGCCGCGUUAAUAUCGGGGUUCAGUCUUUGACUCUUGUGGUUGAUGUGCUGUCUAGGAGAGGGCAGGUCGAGAGGGCUAAGAAGUUGAUGGAGGAGAUGGCUGAGAAAGGCAUUGUGAGGCCGACGGUUUUUACUUAUAAUACAUUGUUGAAUGCUUGUGUCGUGAGGAAGGAUCGAAGGGGGGUGGAUGAGAUUCUGGGGUUGAUGGAGAGCGAGGGAGUGCAGCCUUGUUUGACGACGUAUACUAUUUUGAUUGAGGGAUAUGGGAAUUCUGGGAGAAUUGGGGAGGCUGAGAAGGUGUUUGAGGAAAUGGGUGAGAGGAAUGUGGAGAUGGAUGUCUAUACACGCCUGACGCCUCCAGCUGGCCAAACAAUGGUUUGUCAAUUUCACAAGGGAAGGUGGCUCAUACAUGAUGAUUUUGUCCUUGAAGCCCAACCAAUAAUUAGAGCUUGGAAACUGUUACAAUGUACAAAUAUUCUAGUGUUGGGUAACAUAUACAAACCUCAGAAGGAAAGGUGGCUCAUACAUGAUGACACAUCAGGUACUGUUGCAACCUAUGAAACAAUCCAUCAGGAUAUAUACAAUGUGACAGAAGAGAAACGUGCAAGCCUAAUUCUCCUUCCAUUCCACAAAGAACUAAACUCAGAAGGUGUGUUGGAAACAGCCAACAAUGCAUUCGGUGACAUAAACAAGAAUGUGUUGCAGGAACCACCUUGUUCUGUGGGGAUCCUUGUGAACCGUGGAUUCAGGCCAUUGUCUAAAACAACCAUGAACAUCAUUAUGGUUUUCAUCAGAGGGCCUGAUGAUCGCAAAGCCUUGUCAAUUGCAUGGAGAAUUGAUAGAAUCACUGUCAAAAGAAGGGCUGAAGGAAUACUUGGUGACAACACUGUUUUCUAUUAUGGUAGUACUGCUUGA